AUGGGAAAACCAAUACAAAGUGUUCAAAUCCUUUUGAGCAUCUUCCUAUGGCUCCCCGUGAGCCAGGCUGACUGCGUAUACAAGGAAUGUUUCUGCUCUUCAAUACUGAUCCUUUGUUCCAACAAAAACCUACAAGUGAUGCCACAACUCAAUCCAGAAGUUACCAGUUCGGAAUGGGAUCUGAACUUUGACGGUAACAACGUCUCAAGCAUCCCCAGUGGCAGCUUCCCGGCCAACCUGACAUUCAUCGACCUGCAAGACAGUCCAUUAUCAACAAUGGACGACGAUGUCUUCCAUGAAUCCAUCAAUACGCUGGCCACAAUCUACUUGUCCAAUGUUCGUUUCAGUAAAUUUCCAAACGCAAUUGGACGUUUACGAGCUUUAAAUCUGCUGUCAAUCACCAACGGUAACAUUACAGAUUGGAACGAUGACGCCUGGGACAACUUGGCUCAAACAUUGAACACCCUUGAUCUCGACAAUGCUGGAGUGACCUCGUGGCCCAUGUGGAUUAAGAAUUUUACGAAACUAACUGAGCUAACUAUUUCACAUGCUUCUUUCUCUACUAUCCCCGAUAACGCACUUGACGGUGUGGCCAAUACUUUAACAAGCCUCAGUCUUGACAAUAACAGAUUAACCAUAGUUCCAAAGGCAGUUUCAAACUUGAAAUCUCUACAGACUUUGUCACUCUCCGAGAAUCAUAUUACAAAUCUGGAUUGGCUCCCUCAUUACAGUAAAUUAGACUCUUUAUCUAUCAACAAUAACUAUUUAUCCAACGCUACUCACGUAAGCCAAGCUCUGAGCUAUUUCAAUGAAACAUUAUUCUCCUUGGACAUAAACUACAACCUUCUAACUGCCAUCCCGGAUUUUUCUGCCCUUUCCAAAGUGAAUAUGCUGGACUUUUCUCACAAUAAAAUACAUGAUCCCAAUUCCGGGGCUGCGGCUACAGAUACCAGUCUUUUUGAUCUGUCGUACAACUCUCUUUCCUUCUGUCCUAGAAUCUUGUCUACUUUAGUCUUGGUAACAGAUAUCGGCUUGUCAAAUAACAAUAUAAAAGCUUUACAGCAAUCUGAUUUUCACAGUCAGGUAACAUCAAUUGAUGUUAGUUUUAAUUUAGUUACCGAAUUAACAGAAGCAAGUUUCCCAGACAAUUUUGGACUUAUGUAUUUACAGUUAAACAAUAACCCACUGACCACAAUCUCACCUAUUGCACUACAACGUCUGCCAAAUCUGUACUUACUAAACCUGAGACAUACACAACUCACCCGCUUACCGCUAGCACUGAACUACCUUAGCGGGCUAGUUACUCUGGACGUCAGCAAUUGCACAGCUCUGGUGUGUACGUGUAUGGAGAGUAGUUUAAGGCCGUUGAUGAUGAGACCGUAUCCUUUCAAAGUUGUCGGAGACUGUGGUCAGACCAGUGUGUUUGAGUUUUUCUCGGUGUUAAGCCCAAAUUGUCCCAUUGCUGGAAAUAGUUAA